CACCAGCCUCCGUAGGCGGAAGAGGACUCUGGCGAAGAGUCCAGAAGUAGAAGCGGCUUAUGGAAGUCUAAGCGUAACGUCUCGGAACUUCUUGUGCUUCAGGAGAAAAAACAGCCUACAGGUCCUGACUUCCCAGCAGCAAGAGAACCACUUGAAGGAAGAAGAGGUUCUGGGAUUUGAGCAUUUCCUUUCUGGGGAUACCCUUUAUGGGAGUCUGAGAUUUCUGAACAGAAAUUCAUAGUUGAUUUGGUAAACACAAAGACAAACAUCCCAGUUGCUGGUCAUGUCCCAAGAACAACAGAAAAUGAUCAAGGCUCAGGAAUCACUAACUUUGGAGGAUGUGGCUGUGGAGUUCACCUGGGAGGAGUGGCAGCUCCUGGGCCCUGCUCAGAAGGACCUGUACCGGGAUGUGAUGUUGGAGAACUUCAGCAACCUGGUGUCAGUGGGAAUUCAGAAAGUCGAUCGUCUGCCUGAGCACUUGGAAGAUGAAAGCUGGGUGGAUGGAAAGGAACAAUGUUAUGAAUAUAAUGCAUUGGAAAAUGUCGUUCAUUGGUACAAAAGUCAUUUUCCUUUAAGGCAAAUUCAUGGUAUGUUUGGCUUACAUGAAAAAGCUGUGAAAUCAAAUUUAUCAUUAAUCAACCACAACAGAAGCUAUGAAAUAAAGAACUUUGCUGAGUUUAAUAGAGAUGAGAAAGUCUAUCUCCAUGCUAACCAUGAGAAACUUCAUACUGAAAUUAAAUUCUGUGAGAGUGAAAAAUCCAACAGCACUAAGUCCCAACUCAUUAAGCAUCAGAAAACUCACAAAAUAAAAAAACCAUAUGUAUGCAGUGACUGUGGGAAAGCCUUCAUUAGGAAGUCUUGGUUUAUUAAUCAUCAGAUCAUUCAUACGGGAGAGAAACCACAUAGAUGCAGUCUAUGUGGGAAAGCCUUCUUUAAAAAGUACAUGCUCACUGAACAUCAGAAAAGUCAUACAGGGGAAAAACCUUUUGAAUGCAUGGAAUGUGGCAAAGCCUUUCUCUAUGAAUCACUGCUGAAUAAUCAUCAGAAAACACAUACAGGAGAAAAACCUCAUAUAUGCACUAAAUGUGGAAAAGGCUUCACCCAGAAGGGAAAUCUCAAUAUUCAUCAGCGAAUUCAUACUGGGGAGAAACCCUAUGUAUGUGGUGAAUGUGGUAAAGCCUUCAGUCAAAAGUCAAGCCUCAUAGAACAUCAGAGAUUUCACACAGAAAUAAAUCCCUUUUUAUGCAAUAAAUGUGGAAAAUUUUAUUCUCAGAAGUCAAGUCUCAAUAGACAUCAGAAAAUUCACACAGGCGAGAAACACUUUAAAUGUGAUGGAUGUGAGAAAGCCUUUGAGGAGAAGCCAGAGCUCAUUGUACAUCAAAGAUCUCAUACAGGAGACACACCGUAUGGCUGCAGUGAGUGUGGAAAAACUUUUGCCUGCCCAUCUUCCCUUUUAUCACAUCAAAGAAUACACACAAAUGAGAAACACGUAGAGUCGAUCAAGGGGGAAGACCCUUCUACGUCAAGUCACAGCAAGUCACAUACUGGUGAUCUCAUGCAGGACAAAAAGCCAGUCAAUACAUUGCCUGUGCAAAUGCCUUCUGUGGCAGCUCAGACAUCAGUCAACACCAGUGGGUUUCUAACAAAUGGGAACAUAUUCCUUGUGGGACAGCCUGUUGCCAGAUGUGAACCCUCAGGAGAUAAUGGAGAAAUUGUACAGGAGAGAAAUCUUAUGAAUGCAGCAAAUGUGGUAGUGCCUUUAGUGAUUAAUUACGUCUUAUUUUAUGUCACAUAAAACGGGUAGGAUAAAAUCAAACACUGGGGAAGAGGGUUGAGCAAAAAUUUCUACCUCAUUGUAUGGUUACAAAGUGUAUCUUGAGGGAAAUCAUAAUGAAUGCAGAGACUGGAAAGCCUGGUACACUCAUCCUACGUAAAUAUGUGCUUUGAUAUCAUGACAUAAUCUGAUGUUAACACAAACACAUACACAUCACUUGUGGCAAUUGAAAGUGUGAGUUAAUCUCAUUGGAGGAAAUAAAAACUAAAAUUUUUACAACAGAAAAGGUAAUUGCUGUCUUGAAUGUUGCAUAAAUGAAAAAUGUCAUGGGAGAUUGCAGUGAAGUAAAUUACUUAAUAUGGCCCUUUUAGCCAUAGUGUUUGUGACUCCCACUGAAUGAUUGGGUGGGCCCGUGCAAAUAAGGUGUAUGGAACCCUAACAAGGGGAUUGGUUUUUCCAUCCCACUAGGCUUAAAUUGAGCCAUCCCAGGGGCAGACAGAGGUGACCUCACAACCACCAAGAUGAAGAGCUGGGCUUGGAGGACAUCCUUUGGACCCAGGAUCUCUGCAAUGAGCACCUCCUAGGCCUAGGAGGUAGACCUGUAACACGGGGGAUGGUACAAGAUGGCAAGAAGAGAUGACAGAGAAAUGGCAGGAGAAGACUCGAGACUGGUCCAAAGUAGUGCAGUGGGCUUCCUGGCCCUUGGAGCAAGGUGGUUGCAGUGGGUGUUCUGACCCACAGAGAGCUCAGCACCUUCAGGAUGAGGCGUAUUACGGAGUAGGGUGCCUCCGAACACUUA